GAGCCGACGCUUGCUGCAAGCUUUAAGUAAUAGCACCCAAUUUACUCUCUGACUGUCGUUUGUCGCGCUCCUUUGUGGGUCGUCACGACGGUCGCGCGAAACAGACCUCCGAGCCGAUCUGACAGCCCAUGUUCAGCGCCAUUCCCACCCAACAAAACACAUAUCAACAGGUGGUGGUUAUUCCCCUUUGAAGGAACUAGGAACAUCUCCCCAACUUUCUUCCUUCCACUCAUCAUCGCGACAAGGCGUUCGUUCGUUCUUGCGAGUGCCACUCCGUGAACCAUGUAUCAUACACAGCAGACCACCUCCGAAACCCGGAAUACACUGCUUUCGGAUCCUUCCAAUUCACAGCCAUAUCAAUUGAAGGAUGCAUUAAACCCGGAAUCACUCCCCUCAAUCACCAACAUGUCUCUUCCCGGCAUCUCCCCUUCCAGGCAUUCACCAGCCUCCAGAGCUACCAUGAACCCAAACUUCGCUUCCCCUACUCCAGGACCAUAUGGUCAUUCCCACACCUAUGUAUCUGAGCUGGAUUCAUCUAGCCGUUCUCAAUAUGGAUCGAAUUCUGGCAUGCUUGACUAUGUAGCCCGAGAUCCACGGCUAGCCUCCGACACCGAUUCUUAUUAUCGCUCUAACAUGAUGUCACGCCCCCCAGCCGCUGCGGUAGACUUUGUAUCCCAGCUCAGCUCCGCCUUGAUUCAUGACCCUCCCGUUCCGUCAAAUACUGAAUCUCGAUCCUCGCGAUCGCCUGAGCAACCAGACGAAGAAGCGGAUGAUACUGUCGAUGCUCGCAGAACUCGCCGCGAAAAGCCGCGAAUUGAGCUUGCUCCAGAUCAACCCCUUACCACGCAGGGGAAGCCCCGUGCUCGAGUUUAUGUUGCUUGCCUUCAAUGUCGGACACGCAAGAUACGUUGUGACGGGGCGAAACCCCAAUGCCACAAUUGCAGUCGACGUUCCAAGAGUGGAGAUGAAUGUACAUACGAUGCAGUACCAAAACGUCGGGGUCCUGACAAGACUCCUGGUGCCCGACAGCGGAUGGCUCGGGAUGCUCAUGUUGGAAGCGAGAGUGACGUUGCUGCGUCCCGUCGGCGGCGCAGAAAAAGGCGCGAGGUGUCCGCAACCAAUACUGUUUCGGAUCAAACGGCCAAUACAGACUUGGAGAGCGAUCGACCCCAGCCCAAAUCCCUCAACUCAUUUCCUAAUGUCCCCCCACCAGUCAUCGACCCACAGUUAACGGCUUUGUCUCCUUUUCCGGUAGAGGGUUCAGUAGGGUCGAGCUCUUUCCAGCCCUUGCCCCUGAAUAUCCUCACUGAUGCAGUCACAUUGGUCACACCUUCAGAUAAUGAGGUUCUAUAUCGUACCAUGACGAGCACUGAGGACACGAACAAUGAUUUCGGUUUUGCAACUCAGUUGGAUUUUCAGUUAUUUGAGUCAUAUGGCCACAGCCCACCUCGGGCAUCCAUUUCUUCACUGGACAAUAAGACCAGCGAGACUUCAGACAGAUCACCAAAUAUCACACCCGAACCCUCUCUUGAUUUCACCCGUAAAACGUGGUGGGAUUCACUUCUUGCCAUCUACACUUCCUCAUCAUACCUUCCUUCCCUAACUGCGACACAACGUCAUCAUGCUACGGACUUAGUCACUGCAGACAUUCAAUUUUUACUUCGCGGAUCUAACUAUUGGUUUACAUUUAUUAAUGUUCCUCAGUUCCUUGGGAGAUACUUUGAUCCCGUAAAGAGGGAGCAGAUGCACCCCGCGCUGCUUCCGGCUGCUCUUGCUAUUGCUGCAUUUCUUCAGAGUUCAGAAGCGGGCAACGGGAGGGAAGGGAGAAACAGAGCUGUUAGGUUGCGAGAUGUUGCGCAAGGUCACCUCGAGGCAAGCCUUAACGCUCAGUGGAUAGAUGAUUCGCUUGCUCAAGCUGCCUGGCUUCUGACGUUCUUCGAGAUCUGUCCCCAUCCUCAAUACACCAAGGAGCGGUCUUCAUCGGCUAUAUUCAUGCUUGACAUGAUCAUACACAGCCUAGGGCUGACCUUCCUUGAUGCCGAAAAUCCGCAUUCUGCCAAGUUCUCGCCUCUAUCUGUGCCUGCGAUUGCACCCCAUAUGUGGAGCCCCCCUCGGCAGGCCGUACACACAACCGACCACUUACUCCCCACUCCUAAUGCCACUCAGCCACAAUAUCCUUUGGAAGGUUGCUCCUGCUCUUCUAUGACUCUUGGACAUCAUUGGCCAGCUGCCUAUGAGCAUACCCCACUUUGGGUUACCACUCCUGCAUGGGACAACAGCUGGUCAGAAGCUGAGGUCCGCAAAGAGGGAUGCCGCCGGUUAUGUUGGAGCUCCCUCGCCUUAAUUGCCGGCCAUACGUCAUACGUUACUGCUGAAAAACGUAUUCCUACGGAACUUUUCCUCAGGGAGCCUGCGAAUUAUGCGUUGCUCUUUCCUGGAGAGGCACUAGGAUUGUCAAGUGCGACAUCCCAUCAUUCAGGUAAAGACACCGUGUGGGCAUUAAUUCAUCGAACGAUGCUUCUCUGGCACAGCUGCCUGCAAAUCAGACGUACCUCGAGUGCAAACGAGGCUGAAAUAGCUCGUUUUGCGGUGGAUGCUUGGCUAGAGGCAGAUGCGUUGGAGCAAGCAUUUGAUGCGCAUACCUGUGGCUUGGAGAGGACUUUUUUGUUCCAAGGUCGGGAGUUUUUAUUCAACGUUCGCAUGACGGUAUCUCAUGAUUUCAAGCGGUUUAUCCCUGUUGCUAGCGCCGAUGCUAAUGGAUUGUUCCAUCGGACCAAGGCUGAGGAAUGGCUAUCCCUCCAGGCUAGUGUUGCUCAGCGUAUUGUACUUGGAAUGGGCAUGGUGACUGGCCAUGCUGCUCACACCCUCAUGCACAGACCAUUCUUCAUUUUCUGGUUCAUGAGUCAGAUCAGGCGGUAAGCAUUUCAUGUUACUCUUAUGUAUGGCUUGUCGAUGUGGCACUUGCUUCAGGGCGCUUACUCUGUGGGAUUGCGACAAUACACUGACCCUUGCUAUUGACGUUUGCACGGCAUUCUUCAAGCCUAUAGAUUACCUCAGUGCCCUCUGGCCUUGCGAAGAAAUACGACGCAAGGUCGUUAGGCUUCGCGAACAGCUGGCGCGUGCAUGCAGGGAUACUGGACGACCGCCUCCUUCGCCACCCUCUGCCGAGUUCGGCGUGGUAGAGUAUUAAUUUAUUCCCUAAUAAAUUUGUUGCUUCAAUCUCACUACUACUCUACCACGCUAUGUGAAUAUUGAAUCUAUUAUGCCUUUUGUUUGCCACCGAAAGAGUGGCGCUAGUGA